CUCACAUCGAUCCAGAUCACAGCAGCGUGGCUCUGCUGACGAAAACGUCACUCCGUAUUAAGUUCUCGUUUUCCCUGUACCGUGUUAGUGGUUCGUAGAAAGGUGGACACUACGUUUGGCGAGUAGCCUUAAAAAACGAUUUAUUAAUUCGCUGACUAUAAACAACCAGAGGACUUAAGAAUUCUAAUAACUACUGCUUGCCCGUAUCGUCUGAGACUCGACAAAGAAGUAACAACAUUGUGAAUAACGAUUUAAUUCUGCUAUGUGGAUUGAAAAAAAUCUUUAAUUGGCUAUGGGUCUGUGGGAAAAGUUGACGACGCUGUUUGGAAAAAAGAAAGAGGUGAAUGUUCUCGUCGUUGGACUGAACAAUAGCGGCAAGUCAACUGUAAUCAACCAUUUCAAGAAUGAAGAAGACAGGGCCAUGGAAAUUGUACCGACAGUGGGAUUCAACAUAGAGAAAUUUCAAAACCAGAACGUGGCCUUCACGGCAGUGGACAUGUCGGGGCACGGCCGGUACCGCGACCUGUGGGAGCACUACUACAAGGACUGCCACGGCGUCAUCUUCGUGGUGGACAGCAGCGACCGGCUCCGGCUGGUGGUGGUGCGCGAGGAGCUGGACCUGCUGCUGCAGCACCCGGACGUCGUGGGCCGCCGCCUGCCCAUCCUCUUCUUCGCCAACAAGACUGACGUGCGCGAGGCCCUCUCCAGCGUCAAGAUCGCCAUCGCCCUCGGUCUCGAGCGCAUCCUGGACAAGCCGUGGCACAUCUGUGCCAGCAACGCCCUCACCGGUGAGGGGCUGCAAGAGGGCGUCGAGUGGCUGACGAAGCAGGUCAGGGAGGUGGUCGAGAGCAAGUCGUGAACGAAGGUUCCACUGUCACAGUCUUCACAUUCC